UAAUUUUUCUCAUUUUCUAAUUUGAUUCUUGGUUCUUCUAUAUCUUGUAAACGAAACUUCAGCAUUCGUUCCUCAAUCAAAAUCAAAUCGAAAUAUCGGUGUCCGAAAGAUCAACAUCACCAUCGUUCCUCUGCCAUUAAAUUUCACCAUCUUCCACCUCCAACUGCACUAGACAGCUAUUCUCCACCUUCCUCCCUAUCUCUCUAGCUUUCUCCUUCUGUUCUCUAUCACCCAAAAAAAAAAGAUCUUAGAAUAACCCAGAAAGAGGAAAGUAACGAAAACACCAUUCAAAGUCAAGUGUUUGUUUAAUUCGACUCAAAAUGGGUUCUUCUGCUUCGAAAACAGCUUCUUCCGCUUCUUCUACGUCUUCCUCCGCUACGGUUUCUCCACCGACGACGAAUUUCGCAUCCGAUUUCCCUUCGCCGGCGGUUCAGAGAGCUUUCUCUUUUCCGACGCCGUUGGUUCACCAUCCUCCGGCUAGAAAAGGCGACACUCAUCACCUCGUCUCCCUCACAUCUACCUCGUACGGUUCUCUUCUCCUCAUCGAUCUCGACGGAUCCAAAAACUCCUCCGACCAACAGACGCUUCCCCGUAUCUCUGUCCCCGGAAAGAGCACGCCAGAUCCGGUUUCACGCGACUCGUUCUCCCCUGACUCAGUCAUUAACACAUGGGAGCUUAUGGACGGCUUGGACGACGAAUUCGAAUUCGAAAUUCCCAAACCUGGUAAGCUUGAUUCCAGUCUAAAUUCGGGUUUUUGCACUAAACCCGACGCGAAUCGGAAUGUGGGUCUAAGUGGGUCUGCGUUGAAAUUGGAGGAAUCUUACGAAUUUGUGAGAAUCGAACAAGACGAAGAAGAUUGGGUCCCGUUGUCUUAUAAACCUAAGCAACCUCUGUGGAAGCAUCUUUCUGAAGAAUCAUUUUUAUCUGGUUUAGAUCCUAGCAUUGUCUCAUCUUACAAGAAAGCUUUGUCUUCUAAGCAAUUAAGCAGUCAUAGUAUCAAUGUCGACACUAGAAACCCUAUCAGACCCACAAAGUCCCUCUCUUGCAGCCCAACAACAUCAAAACCAGCCAUCUUGAUCAGCGAACCAACAUCUGUAUGCUCUAGUCCACUGAGUUCUCAAGCCAAACCAAGAUUACAAGAAACAGAAGACAAGAUUGUACUCUACUUCACUACACUCCGAGGAAUUCGAAAGACGUACGAGGAUUGCUGUUGCGUUAGAACGAUAUUGAGAGGGCUUCAAGUAACGGUAGACGAACGCGACAUCUCAAUGGAUUCCAAAUACAGGAAAGAGCUUCAAAGCCUGCUUGGCUCUGCAGAGAAACCUGUUUGUUUGCCUCAGGUGUUUAUCAGAGGAACCCACAUUGGUGGCGUCGAGGAGAUUCUGAAGCUAAACGAUGAUGGUGAAUUAGCAGAGAUGUUGAAAGAUUUCCCUGCUUGUGAAUGCCAGGGGACAUGCCGGAGCUGUGGUGAUGCAAGGUUUGUGCCUUGUACUAACUGUGAUGGUAGCACCAAAGUGUUUGAGGAGCAAGACGAACGGUUCAAGCGGUGUCCGAAAUGCAAUGAGAAUGGAUUGGUGCGUUGUCGCGAGUGUUGCCUCUAGGCAAUAUCUUGGAUCAGAAAGCUGUGUCCUGUGUGGGUGAAAAGGGGCUUAGAUUGAUCGUGUGAAUUGUGAAAGAGAAGAAGAGAGAGUGUUAUUGUACAUUGCAAUAAGAAAUGGCUCAAGGCUAAUCAUUAUUACUCUGUUCUCUUGUGUGGGUGCUGUGUUCUUUUGUUCCUUAUUUGUUCUUGCUCUUAGACACUUUUAACAUUUUAAACUAAAUGAUUAUUACUAUAUUAUUACAAGUA